AAUCUACUCAAUUCUGAACUGACAUUUAUUGUAUCGACUUCAAAAAUCAAAAUCAAAUUGUCAAUUUCAAAAUUUGUUGAGGAAUUUAAUUUUACCGUUUUUCAGUUUAUAAUCAUUGUUAUUGAUAAUGGAUCGAUAAAGAUUGUUUUUUCUUAUAAUAAAGAGAAUUAUUUGCUUAUGAUUUGUUGGUUUUGUACCUUGUGUACAGUUCAGAUACUGAUUGAUUAAGUAAAAAGUGUUUUGUGCAAUGGCGACGUUGGAAGACGAAAUAAGGGAUUUGAAAGAGAAAAAUAAUGAAUUGGUGCAAAAGGUGCAGUUCUGGAAGUUGGCUGCAGCCAAGAAAGAAGAUGAAAAGCUGACACUUAUGAAAGAGGUCAAUGAAUUGAGACUUAAAUUGAGCAUGCUCAGAAACCAUGGAUCAACACAAGCAAAAAAACUCGAUUCUGCAUUGCAAGAAGCCAGUGAAAAAGCCAUCGCACAUCUUGUUAAUGCUUCUGCAGAAAUCGCCAAAAGUGUGGAGAUAGCUAAAGCUUAUAUGAGAGAAAGAGAAGAGCUGGAAGAACAGCUGCCCCGCUGGAGCACCCUUGGUGGGACACCUAGAGCGGAAAACACAGAAAGAGUGCAUCGUGUUGCACCAAUGAUGAUGGAAGGACGGUGUGUUCAGCCCGUAGUAGAGCUUAAUAGGACUAUCUUGCUAAGAGGUGAAUCAGGAUCUGGAGAUACCACUGAGAGGGCUGUGCCUUUACAUAUGCUGCAAGAUGUUUACAUACCAUUGACUAGGAUUGAUAUAUCAGACUUUGCUCACCCCACUGUGGAGGUAGAGGCUAACAUGGACACGGCUAAUGAUAUCAUUUCGGAGGAGUACAUAGAGGGGUACGGACCACCAGGAGUUCCCGUGCCAAUACAUAGAGGCCAGAGACGCCGUGAACGCAGGGAACGCAGAGACCGCAGGGAACGUAGAGAACGCACGGCCGACCACGCAGCAGAAGCGUAUGAACAGCACGCUGGACAGCACUAUGAGGAACACGUGGAACAACAUCAGGAGCGUCAGGAACAGCAUUAUCAAGAAAAUGACGAACAACACUAUUCAGUACAGGCAGAACAACAUUAUGAUGGGCAGCAUGAACAACACUAUGACGGACAAGAGGGACAACACUAUGAUGGAGAGCCCAACCAACAUUAUGAUGAACAAAACUUGGACUCCAGCGAGCCUAUGUCAGAAGGGAAUGAGUACAAUAUUAAAUUGGAGCCGGUGAGUGAGGAAGAAAGGGCGGUCAUGGCGGAAACACAGAGCCUAUUUAACAGGAUAAGCAUGCAGUUACAAGAUGACAGUUGGGGUCAGCAAGGAUUUGAAACUAUUGAAGAGUCACCGGAAGAGAGUCAUCAAGCUUCAUUGAUGAACAGCACUGCAUACGACAACCCACUGGAAGGUCCCAGCUGGUUGCUGGACCGCACCCCAACUGCUACUCGCACGUCGACGACUUCCCAUACUCCUGGCAACCGCCAUGAACCCACACUGAGGAGCGGCAAGAACUUGACGCCUGGCUCUACGACAGACAAGAAUAGAACACCCAACACAUCUACCAGGAACACUGAUGACAAUAUACCAGUGGAGCUGAGUCCCGCCCAAGCGACGUUCUCCCCGACAGUGCGGCGGCGCAAGCGCACGUCGUCCCCGCCCCCGCUGGCCACGCCCCGCCAGCCUCACUACUCGCCGCGCCCUUCAUCCUCCAGGCGGAACAGUCGGAGCAGUUUGAACGGGCGAGUGCUGAAGGUGUUGGUGGCCAAGAUGCGGCUGGACGGCAGCCCGCUGUCGCUGUCGCCCCCGAAGCAGGCGCGCUCGCCCCGCAGCCUGCCCUUCGACGCGCCCAGCCCCAACGGCGCUACGGACUCCCGGGUCAUCGUGUCUUCAAGCCACCAGCUGAGCAGGGUGGGCAGCCAGGAGUCCCGCGACAGCGGGGCGGUCGGGCGGCGCGGACGGCCCGACUCCCGCGCCAGCCGGGACAGCGACAGCGGCAGCAGCGGCGCCGGGGGCUCCGUCAGCGAGGGACGCACGCGCAGGCCUAGGAAGGCUAUCACUUAUAAGGAGAAACCUUUGAAUAGGAAAUUACGGAGAUGAUCUCUAUACUUCAGAAGAGCGAAGCAUACUUAAUUAUUUAUGGCUUUAAUAGUUGUUAUUAUUUUGAAUUAGUUUAUGAUUUGCGAGACUGGAUCUCAGGUAUGUACAAUUGAGUAUGAAUUAGUUGCCUAUUUAUUAAUAUUUUUGAAAAUGUAACAUUAUUGUGAAAAGCUUUGUUUUGUUGGCCGGCUUUACACUUUGGACCAUAUGCCAUUCGUCCAUUAUUUGUGUGUUUUUAUGGAAAAUGGCUCUGGGAUCGACGACGCCCAUGAACACACAAAAGGAAUUACAUGUGCUUUGCGAGUUUUUGGAUAUUUGGGAAUUGGGACGGGUUUAACCGUAUGACUGAGGUUACUGGAUGCCCAAUAUAUCCGUCCUCAAUCACCUAGUCACCCCAUAUCUCCAACCCCUGAAACGCUGGCAAAGUACUUCUAAGUCCUCUUGUGUUGAGCGUCCAUGGCCGCCGCAGAUUGAUUACCAUCUAGUCAUCCGUCAUUUCCUUUGUCUGUCCUAUAU